AUGCAACUACGAGAGAACAUAAAUCAAGACCUGGGUGAAAUUAUCAGCCGCCAUCGCCCAGAUCUAAAACCCUUCGAAGAUGUCUAUCGACACCUACAUACCGAACCCGAACUAUCAGGCCAAGAGGAGCAAACCGCCAAGAUAGCAUCUGAUCAUCUCAAAGCAGCAGGAUUCGAAGUGCACACGAAAAUCGGUGGCCAUGGCGUAGCAGGAAUCCUUCGCAAUGGCAAUGGCCCAACAAUCCUCCUACGGGCGGAUAUGGACGCAUUGCCCGUAGAAGAACAAACCGGUCUACCAUACGCCAGCACAAAACAUGUUAAGGACGUCGACGGAUCCAAGAAGCCUGUUAUGCACGCCUGCGGACACGAUUCCCAUGUCGCAACGCUAAUGGCAGCCGCUACACUCCUGCAAUCCGCUCGCAAGCAUUGGAGCGGUACCUUGAUCUGCAUCUUCCAACCUGCCGAGGAACAUCUCAACGGCGCACAAGCGAUGCUAAACGACGGGCUGUACGACAGAAUCCCCAAGCCGGACGUUGUUCUCGCGCAGCAUGUGACGCGGAUGCGUGCUGGCACAAUCAAUCUCCGCGCAGGUCCGUUCCUCACAGCCGCGGACUCUUUCGAUGUCCGCGUCUUCGGCCGCGGGGGUCAUGGAUCAGCACCGCAUACGACAAUAGAUCCUAUCGUUAUCGGUGCAUCCAUCGUCACUCGCUUGCAGACUAUUGUCUCGCGCGAAGUCACGCCGGGCAAGCUGGCGGUUGUUACCUGUGGUAGUAUCCAUGCUGGCAGCUCGCCGAAUAUCAUCCCAGCAUAUCUUGAUCUACAGCUCAAUGUGCGGACUUAUGAUGAAAAUUUGCGAAAACGCAUUUGUGCUUCGAUUCAUCGUAUUAUUGAGGCUGAGUGUAAGGCUGCUGGUGCUGUACAGAAGCCGGAGAUUAAGCUUGUUUCUUCGAGUCCGUCGACUAUCAAUGAUGGACGCACUAUUGAUGCUCUCCGUGAGACUUUCCAGCCGUAUUUCGGAGAUGAUUUGGUUGAUAUGGAGCCCCCGACUGCUAGUGAGGACUUUUCUCUACUGGCGACUGCUGCGGGCGCACCUUAUGUUAUUUGGAUGUUUGGUGGAACUGAUUCUCAGACCUGGGAAGAUGCAGUCGCGAAGGGCACAGUUGAUGAGCUGCCGAGUAACCACUCGCCGUUCUUUGCGCCGGUUAUCCAACCUACGUUGCGCACGGGCGUGGAUGCUAUUGCACUUGGAGCCCUGACAUUCUUGAAGAAACAAAAAUGA